AUGCCGCAAAGGCAGAGUUUUACCUGCCUGGCGCUAGGCCUGCUAAUCACAGCCAUUGUGGCCGUACAGCUCCUGCUCGUCCACAAGCAGACGGCUAUGCAGGUCCCAGACCUGCACCCGUUGGAAACGCGACAGAAAGCCGAAGCGAACAAAUUGCUGCAAUCCCUCGAAGACGCGCGCCAGCGCCUCGAAGCCGUCCAGGCCGACCUGCGGCGGCAGCAAGAGGCGCUCGCAACGGAGCGCGUCGCCCUCGAGCGCUUGCGGAACGCCACUGCACCAGCAGCACAAGCAGCACAAGCAGCACAAGCAGCACCAGCAGCACCAGCUCCGCCGACCCUGAUCCAGGGCAUCCUCAUGCACGUCGACCGCCCCGAGAAUUAUUUAAGGAGAGCGCUCGCGUCGCUCCUGACGGAGUGCCGCGAGACGGCGCUGCUGCGGCUUCUGGUGGUGGACGCGACGCCCGGCGCUGAAAGGGACGCCUUCAUCGGUGCGCGCCGCGACCACGGCCGCUUGCCGAUAGUGAGCUUUGUCCGCCUUGCCUCAUCUGGUAGAAGGCGGCUCCUCGGCUCGCCGCAGAAGACGGCGCGGCAAGCGCGGGACGUCGCGCGGGCGAUGAGGCUGGCGCUCCAGCAUAAACGCUUCACCUACGCCUUUCUGCUGGAGGACGACUGGGUCGCGUGCCCCAACCUGCUGGGCAAUUUAUUUACUGCGGUCCAUAGAGCAGAAGCGGUGCACGGGACGAAUUUCGCGGCGUUGCGCGUGUCCUACGGCCUGAAUGGAAUAAUCGUGCCUCGAACACGCCUCGCUUCCUUGGCCAAGCACGUCGAGCAGCGCGCAUCACAAAAACCGCCCGACCUCGCGUUCACGGAGUGGGCUCUGCAACAAAACGGCAAGCUCGUGGCCUACCGCCACAACCUCUUCGUCCACGUCGGUCAUCAGAGUUCGGUAGGCAACUCGGGGAGUAGGUGGAACGCGGCCUGUUUCGAGCUCUUGUUCGACUGGCUCCAGAAGGGCGUCGAGGCCUUCGAUGUCAAAAAGUGCGCGCACGACGCGAUCUCGCCCUGCGACCCGCCUCCUAGACAACUGCCUCAUGUAAACCGGCGGGCCAAGGCCUUCGCGUGCGAGGUCGCGCUGAUGGACCUGCCCGUGGACCGGACGUCUGAUAGAUUACUGGGGUGCGUGCGGGACCGCGUGGAGCCGGCCGCGAAGUACCUGCUGCCGGCGCCGCGGAUGGCAUAA